GGAAAGUAGGUUAGUGGUGCGACAUUUAGGGAAGGCAGAAAGUAGGUCAGGGACGGAGGUGCCUGUUUACCCGCGCCGGACUCACCGCCGCCGCCGCCGCGGGAUCGAAGUGGGGGCGCGGGCUCGGGCGCUCCCGGCGAGCCACGGUGGUGCUGGCUAGAGUGCAUGCUUUUGGACCCAAGCUUAACUUUGCAAAUGUGGACUCCUAGGCGUUCAUUGGUUUCUGGAAGAAGUUGACUGCCUGACAGGAAACGACAAAACAUGAAAGUCGCUUUGAGGUGACCAGCAAGUCCAGUGGCUCGCGAAUUCCUCCCAGGGUGGAUCUGAGGCUUAAGACCUGAGACUUCAGAUGAGGAAACUUGGGCCCAGAGAGAAGGAGUGACAGCCUCAGUCACAUCGAGUGGAGCUUGGACCCCCGAUUGCGGGCAGUACACGGCCCUCUUCAACUUGGUUUAGAGCUGGAGUUCCUUGCAAGACCUCCAAUGGCCGACCAGAGAAUGGACAUUUCUUCAACAAUCAAUGAUUUCAUGUCCCCGGGUGCCACCGACCUCCUCUCCAGCCCCCUCGGCACCAGUGGCGUGGAUUGCAACCGCAAACGGAAAGGCAGCUCCACCGACUACCAACUUGAUGACUUUUCUUUUGAAGAAAGCAUGGACACAGACAAAGACGACCCUCAUGGAAGGUUAGAAUACACAGAACACCAAGGAAGGAUAAAAAAUGCAAGGGAAGCUCACAGUCAGAUUGAAAAGAGGCGUCGGGAUAAAAUGAACAGUUUUAUUGAUGAAUUGGCUUCGUUGGUACCAACGUGCAACGCCAUGUCCAGGAAGUUAGAUAAGCUCACUGUGCUAAGGAUGGCUGUUCAGCACAUGAAAACAUUACGAGGUGCCACUAAUCCAUAUACAGAAGCAAACUACAAACCUACUUUUCUGUCAGAUGAUGAAUUGAAGCACCUCAUUCUUAGGGCAGCAGAUGGAUUUUUGUUUGUCGUAGGAUGUGACCGAGGGAAGAUACUCUUUGUCUCAGAGUCUGUCUUCAAGAUUCUCAACUACAGCCAGAAUGACCUGAUUGGUCAAAGUUUGUUUGACUACCUGCAUCCUAAAGAUAUCGCCAAAGUCAAGGAACAGCUCUCCUCCUCCGACACCGCACCCCGGGAGCGGCUCAUAGACGCGAAAACUGGACUUCCAGUUAAAACAGAUAUAACCCCUGGGCCAUCUCGAUUAUGUUCUGGAGCACGACGUUCUUUCUUCUGUAGGAUGAAGUGUAACAGGCCUUCAGUAAAGGUUGAAGACAAGGAUUUCCCCUCUACCUGCUCAAAGAAAAAAGCAGAUCGCAAAAGCUUCUGCACAAUCCACAGCACAGGCUAUUUGAAAAGCUGGCCACCCACAAAGAUGGGGCUGGAUGAAGACAAUGAACCAGACAACGAGGGGUGUAAUCUCAGCUGCCUCGUCGCAAUAGGACGACUGCACUCUCACGUGGUUCCACAGCCGGUGAACGGGGAGAUCAGGGUGAAAUCUCUGGAAUACGUUUCUCGGCAUGCAAUAGACGGGAAGUUUGUUUUUGUAGACCAGAGGGCAACAGCUAUUUUGGCAUAUUUACCACAAGAACUUCUAGGCACAUCAUGUUACGAAUAUUUUCACCAAGAUGACAUAGGACAUCUUGCAGAAUGUCAUAGGCAAGUUUUACAGACGAGAGAAAAGAUUACGACUAAUUGCUAUAAGUUUAAAAUCAAAGAUGGUUCUUUCAUCACACUGCGGAGUCGAUGGUUCAGUUUCAUGAACCCUUGGACCAAGGAAGUAGAAUACAUUGUCUCAACCAACACUGUUGUUUUAGCCAACGUCCUGGAAGGCGGGGACCCAGCCUUCCCGCAGCUCACGGCGUCCCCCCACAGCAUGGACAGCAUGCUGCCCUCCGGAGAAGGUGGUCCAAAGAGGACCCACCCCACUGUUCCAGGGAUUCCAGGGGGAACCAGGGCUGGAGCAGGAAAAAUAGGUCGAAUGAUUGCUGAGGAAAUCAUGGAAAUCCACAGGAUAAGAGGGUCAUCACCUUCCAGCUGUGGCUCCAGCCCACUGAACAUCACAAGUACACCUCCCCCUGAUGCCUGUUCUCCAGGAGGCAAGAAGAUUUUAAACGGAGGGACUCCAGACAUUCCUUCCAGUGGCCUACUACCAGGGCAGGCUCAGGAGAACCCAGGUUAUCCGUAUUCUGACAGUUCUUCUAUUCUCGGCGAUAACCCUCACAUAGGCAUAGACAUGAUAGACAACGAUCAAGGCUCCAGCAGUCCCAGCAACGACGAAGCAGCAAUGGCGGUCAUAAUGAGCCUCUUGGAAGCGGACGCUGGGCUGGGUGGCCCUGUGGACUUCAGUGACUUGCCGUGGCCGCUGUAAACACUACAUGUUGCUUUGGCAACACUACAGUAUCAAAGUGCAUUACUGGUGGAGUUUUACAGUCUGUGAAGCUUACUGGGUAAGGAGAGAACAGCUUUUAUGUGCUGUCUUCAUAAAAGCCAUCUCAGAGCCAUUGAUACAAGUCAAUCUUACUAUGUGUAACUUCAGACAAGUGGAACUAAGCCUGCUCCAGUGUUUCCUCAUCAUUGAUUAUUGGGCUAGCUGUGAAUAGCUUGCAUUAAUUGUAUAUUUUGGAUUCUGUUUGUGUUGAAUUUUUUAAUCAUUGUGCACAGAAGCAUCAUUGGUAGCUUUUAUAUGCAAAUGGUCAUUUCAGAUGUAUGGUGUUUUUACACUACAAAGAAGUCCCCCGUGUGGAUAUUUCUUAUACUAAUUGUAUCAUAAAGCUGUUUAUUCUUCCUUGUAAGAAUCCUUUACUAUAAAUAUGGGUUAAAGUAUAAUGUAUUAGACAGUUAAAUAUUUUUAAUAAAUGUUUCCCUUGUUCUAUAAAUACUGUUCACAUUUCAAAUAAUUAGAAAACAAAUCUGCUCCAGGGCUGGAUCACCAAUUUCCUACAGUGAGUCUCAAGGACGACCCAUGCCAGUAACAUUUAUGCCUUUCUGGCCUUCCUAACAAGUCUGGGACUGACAUAGUUUCCCUGUGUUAAAAGCUUGGCUGUAUUGUUAAAAUAGUUAAUCUCCAAAUUGUUACAAUUUUAAUUUCUGAGAACAAAGAUGUUACUGUUUAAAGACAAAAUUCAAAUCCUCUGAAAUUACAAAUGCAAGAUUAGAUGUAACAAAUUGGCUUCUCUACAACUCUACUACUCCUCAAUUGUAUGGCUUCUAACAUUAUGUGACCCAGACCUAAAUACUUUGAUUCCUUCUUAAACUGGGCCACAGAAUAUUAAAAAAUAGUGUUUGUAUGAAUAAUAUGCUAAGCAGAGCAGCAGAGUAUAAUGGAAAAAGCCCCGAACCAGUGUCAGAAAUUGGCUCUGAAAAUUAGGGUUACAGUAUGACCUAGCAAAGAUAUUUCACCAUUCACAUCAGGUGGAACUAGAAAAUAUUCUCUUUUCAGAUCUAACAUUGUUUGGAAUUAUAGUAUUUUAUAAUUAGUAAGGAAUCUAAGUGCCUCACC